AUGCGGAGCUGCAAGAUGGUCCGGGUGGCCAGCGUGCUGGGGCUGGUGAUGCUCAGCAUCGCGCUGCUCAUCCUCUCCCUCAUCAGCUACGUCUCCCUCAAGAAGGACAACAUCUUCGGCGCGCCCCGCUCCGCCGGCGCGGGGGGGCCCCGCAUGUACAUGUUCCACGCGGGAUUCAGGUCCCAGUUCGCGCUGAAGUUCCUGGACCCCUCGUUUGUGCCCAUCACAAACUCCCUGACCCACGAGCUGCAGGAGAAGCCCUCCAAGUGGACAUUCAACAGGACAGCGUUCGCACAUCAGAGGCAAGAAAUCCUUCAGCAUGUUGAUGUAAUAAAAAAUUUUUCUUUGACCAAAAACAGUGUUCGAAUUGGACAGCUGAUGCACUAUGAUUAUUCCAGCCAUAAGUAUGUUUUUUCUAUUAGCAAUAACUUCAGAUCACUGCUUCCAGAUGUGUCACCGAUCCUGAAUAAGCAUUACAACAUUUGUGCUGUGGUUGGAAAUAGCGGAAUCCUGACUGGGAGUCAGUGUGGGCAAGAAAUAGAUAAAUCUGAUUUUGUUUUUCGUUGCAAUUUUGCUCCAACUGAGGCUUUCCAAAGAGAUGUUGGAAGGAAAACCAAUCUUACAACCUUCAAUCCCAGCAUCCUGGAGAAGUAUUACAACAAUCUUUUAACCAUUCAGGAUCGCAACAACUUUUUUUUAAGUUUAAAAAAGCUUGAUGGGGCCAUUCUUUGGAUCCCUGCUUUUUUCUUCCACACAUCAGCAACGGUCACAAGAACGCUGGUUGACUUCUUUGUUGAGCAUAGAGGGCAAUUAAAAGUCCAGUUGGCAUGGCCAGGAAAUAUAAUGCAACACGUUAACAGAUACUGGAAAAACAAGCAUUUGUCACCCAAACGGCUGAGCACAGGUAUUCUCAUGUACACCCUUGCUUCUGCAAUAUGUGAAGAGAUUCACUUGUAUGGAUUCUGGCCAUUCGGAUUCGAUCCCAACACCAGGGAAGAUCUCCCAUACCAUUACUAUGAUAAGAAAGGAACGAAGUUUACGACCAAGUGGCAGGAGUCCCACCAGCUGCCUGCAGAGUUCCAGCUGCUCUACAGGAUGCACGGUGAAGGACUGGCCAAACUCACCUUGUCGCAUUGUGCCUAAGAACCUAAAUCUCCAAGUGCCAAACCAUUGUCUAAA